UAAACAUCAAAAUAAAAGGCAAGAGCAAAGUAAAAGUUUUAUAAAUCAGGCAUUAAUGAAUAAACUAAGGUAAAGAUCUAAAGAGAGGAAUGAGUGAAAAAAUAGACUGGAGGACUGAUGCUGAAGAUAUAUUUAAUUUCAAUGCACAAUGUGAAAAUUUUGAAAGCAAUCUGGAUGCCAAUAUCAGACCACGGAAGUUUCCAAACCAGAAUAUUGUAAAUAGAUUAAUGUAUAGAGAAACUCAUCUCUCAAAACCGGGCACACAUUUUCAUCAAGCUCGAAAAUUCUACACAAAUGUCUUUCCAAAUUACACAAUUACAAAUGUUGAAAAGCCACCAUGCUUUUUGCGAAAAUUUUCACCAGAUGGACACUAUUUCAUAGCGUUUUCUGCUGAUCAAACUUCAAUAGAAAUAUAUGAAUUUCAAGGAGCUGCUGCUGUGGAAGACCUUUUAUGUGAUAUGAAGGGAGAUAACUUAGGUUCUGGUAAUGAUGAAAUUAGAAACAAAUUAUUUAAAAGAUUUUUUCAUCUAAAACAUGUUACUUUGGUUGCUUCAAAUUAUGAACAUUUGAAUCGAGAAUGCAGUUUAUUUACAGAUGAUGGAAAUUUUGUUAUUGUUGGUUCUGCUGUUUAUUUACCAGAAGAGCCACAUCCUUUGUUCUUGGACAUUUACAGAAAUAAUGAAUCUGUUUCUCCGAAUACCCGGUUUCCUUUAGAAGAUUAUUCUCUUCAUUUAAUAGAGUUAGAAACUGGUCGACUGUGUGAUAGACGAAAAUUUAAGUGUGAUAAAAUAUUUUUGUCUCACAACCAGGGAAUCUAUUUAUAUAAAAAUACUCUAGCGGUUUUAUCAGUGCAACAACAAACUAUACAUAUCUUCCUAGUCACACCUGAAGGUUCCUUUAUAGACAUUCGUAGUAUUGGGAGAUUUUGUUUCGAGGAUGACGAACUGUUUCUACGACAAGGACUAGAUCCACAGAUAAGACAACAUCUUCAACGACCAUACCAUGAAAAAAUGACCAAUUCUCUGAAACACAGACUGUUAACUUUUCUGUUUCAUAAAGCUAAAAAUGACCCCUAUCGAUUACGUUUAUUCUAUCAGUAUUUUGACCAGUUUAAAGCAUUACGGAUGUGGAAAAUGCAGCUAUUAGAUGAAAAUCAUUUGUUAAUCAAAUAUGCUGGAGAAGAUGUUGUAACUUUAAGAACUCCAGAUCCAAAUUCGCAGCCAUCUUUCUUUGUGGUUUAUAACAUGACAACAGCUGAAGUCUUGGCUGUGUAUGAAAACACUUCAGAAGAACUUUUAAAUUUCUUUGAAAAUUUCUGUGAUAUGUUUAGAAAUGCCACACUGCACACGGAAACUCAAUUUACUUGCUCAGCAUCAAGUAAUAUCUAUGCUCGUCAAAUUCAACAAAGAUUUAAACAGACAAUAAUAAAUGCUAAAUUUGGCGGACAAACAGAAGCAAUCAGAAGAUUGUUAGCUCAGCUUCCUAUUAGUGCUCAGUCUUAUAGUAAUAGUCCAUAUUUAGACUUAGCUUUGUUCAGUUAUGAUGAUAAAUGGAUUUCGGUUAUGGAGAGACCAAAAGCAUGUGGAGAUCACCCUAUCAGAUUUUACUCAAGAGACUCUGGUUUAUUGAAAUUUAAAAUCCAUGCUGGAUUUUUAGGACGCAAUCCUCCACCCUCAGCAAGAAGACUUGUAGCUUUCACAUUCCAUCCUAGUGAACCAUUUGCUAUCAGUGUCCAAAGAACAAAUGCUGAAUAUGUUGUGAACUUCCAUGUUCGACAUUGUCUUGCAUGAAGUUAGUUUUUCAGGAAAAUACAUAUUGAAUUUUAUAAUUACAGGAACUCUUGAUAUACAUUUGUAUUCAAAUUAAUUAUGUCAAUUUAAUGAAUACAUAGUAUCAUAAUGUAAAAUUUAUUGUUCUUGGAUUAUAAAAAGUUCAGUUGUUCUUGACGUUUUAUAUAAAUAAUCAAUGUACCAGUAGCAAAAAAUAAUAUCUUUUGUGAAAGCAAUAAAUAAUAACAGACAAUUUUAUGGAUAAGAUUCACUAAACUGCAAGGUUUGAAUGAGGGUACUCUCGCUGUUGUCAAGCAUUGUUAUUAGCCAAAAAUAAUAUUCCUAUUUACUCCAAAGAUAAGCUUAAAAUAGAAACAAGUCUUUGCAAGAUACAGUAUCAAUUCAAGUUAAAGUGUUUAAAGUCAGCCAAAAAUUAAUUAUAUGUCUAAGUGGGAUAUAAUUCAAAUAAUAUAAUUUGAUUAAGAAAAUCAUGAGAGAAGGAGAAAUCCUGAAAUUUGAAAGUCCAGUUUUAAAAUUGGUGAAAUCUGUUAGAUAAAAAGACUGCUGAUUACCAAAUUCCUCAAUAUAUUGUACCUGUAUAAACAAUAAAAAUAGGUUUCCAGAAUAGAACAUACAAAAUACUAGACAAAACAUUCUUUCUAAAUUUUGUUUUGGCAUUAUUGACCUUGUAGCUAUAAGUUUUGAUGUGUUCUGUAUAAGGCAGUGCAUGUAU